CCACUGAUCGAAGCACAGCUUGUCCAGUGAUAUGGGACGACCUGGUCUGUUGGGACAUGACCAGUGCUGGUGCAGUGGCCAGGAAAUCUUGUCCUGGUUACAUCAACGGGUUUAACAAAAACGCCUAUGUCACCAAGUUCUGCACAGAAGAUGGAAUCUGGUGGAACAACCCAUCAACCAACCACUCUUGGACCAACUACACGGAAUGUAUCCGACCAUCCAUCGAUCUCAGCUCUCACGCUGCUCACGGAGACAAACUGCGGCUUCUGUACACAGUCGGCUACAGCUUCUCACUCGGUUCCCUCCUAGUGGCCUUCAUCAUCAUGCUGUGCUGCAAACGGCUUCAUUCCAAAAGUAAUACACUUCACAUCAACCUCUUCCUUGCCUUCAUCUUCCGUGCCUCCAUAUCAUUCCUCAAGGACAUCCUGUUUGUCCAGAAUCUGGGCCUGGCUAAAGAUGUCCGCCGGGGAGAUGAUGGUGCUCUGGAGUUCGUUCAAGACGUUUCGCACUGGGAAUGCAAGCUGAUCAUGAGCAUCUUCAUGUACAGUGUCAACGCCUGCAACAUGUGGAUCUUUGUGGAGGCCCUCUAUCUGACCAUGUUGGUCUCCAGACCCUUGUUCACGGAGAGACGCGGCCUUCGCAUGUACAUGAUACUGGGAUGGUCUUUACCUUUAUUAUUUAUCAUACCAUGGAUACUGUUGAAAGCCCUUUAUGAGGAUACGUUUUGCUGGAACAUACAAAGUAACCCAGAUUAUUAUUGGAUCUUACGAGGAUCUGGCGUGGGCGUAGUUGUGAAAUAUGGUCAAUUGCUGUACAUCUGUGUUUGCAGAAGACUUGCCAAGUUCAUCCUGGUGCUGAUCCCACUGUUCGGCAUCAUGUACAUCGUCUUCUACGUGGCCAUGCCGUCCAACUUCGAGGAGACGGAGUUCAAUGUCACCUACCUGUACCUGGAGAUGGGCUACAAUUCCUUCCAGGGAUUCCUACUGGCGUUGCUCUUCUGUUUCCUCAACGAGGAGGUUCACGGAGAACUCAAAAGAAUGUGGCAGCGUCAUAGAAAACAUCGCCUUACCAUGUCAGCCAUUAGAUCGGACUACUUUCAUUCAAACAAUCGCUUGAAACAUUCCAUUAUUUCCAGGGAUAGCCAAGAAAGCAAUAAGAUGGCACCAUUAGAAGUAAACAACAAAGUACCACACAAAAAGCAAAAACAGUCACAAGCAAUCUCUGCGUCAUAUGAAAAUGUCCAUGACAUGUCUUCAUCAAAAUCAAAGACAGAUACUUUUAAACCUCACUGUCAGAUAUCAUCAACUGCAAAGGGUGCAACGUUCCAGACAGCUCGUUCUGCUAACAAGGUGGCACUGUCGUUGUGUCCCAACCUAAGACAGCCAGACUCGCUCCUAAAACAAGCAGUGCGAACAAACGCUCAUCGUAGGUUGCUUGGUAGCAGCAAUGCUUUGGAAACAGCUGCCAGUAUACCCUCUUCAGGAAAGAUACAGUGA